AUGAUGCAUUACCGAAUAAUUCUAUUUUUCUGUGUAUUUGUCAGCUCUGCACUAGCAUUUUGUCCAACGUUUCUGAAAAAUCAGACAACUUGUUCUUGCUUUGCUUAUAUUGAUGGUGUCGUAAUUCGAUGUAGUGGCCAAAAUGGACCAGCUAUAGUGGAACAACUCAAGAAAACACCAACUGAAAUACGCGAACUAGCACUUGAAAAAGCUAACAUUGUCGAGAUCGGACGAAAUGCGUUCAGGAAUUUGCGGAUCAAAAAGUUGAUUCUCGACAAUAAUCGUAUCCGUGCGCUGCACCCGCAAGCAUUCCGUGGUCUGGAAUCUGUCAUGCUUGAGCUUUCAAUUUCUAAAAAUAAGCUUACUGCUAUUCCAACCGAUUCACUUGUCGGAAUGCGCGCUCUACGUGUACUUAGUCUACGCUGCAACAAUAUUGGGGACAUCGAAGCACCUGCUUUCCAGAAUACGUCCAGCAUGAUCGACUUAAAUCUUGAAUGUAAUCAGAUCUGCAAUAUCGAAGGAUCGGUAUUCAAUGACGUGAAAGACACUCUGCAAAACCUAAUCCUUGAUAAUAACUGCUUGUCAGCGGUACCUUCCGAAGCGCUUCGAGGUCUGGAUAACCUUAUCGGCUUACACAUGAAAUACAAUGAGAUUAAACAACUGAACAACAUGCAGUUAACUAAUCUAAGUAGUCUAACAAUUCUCUCACUCACCGGAAAUAAAAUUUCUACAAUUGAAAGUGAUUUUAUGCCACAAGCCGAGAAUCUUCGCUAUCUUUAUCUGGGUAAUAACAAUUUAGAAACCAUCGAACAGGGAGUAAUGCAUCAGUUCAAACAAGUCCAGGUCAUCGAUAUGAGCUAUAAUUAUUUCACUAAGAUAACGGGAGACAUGUUCUCUGGUCUCGAACAUUUACAACAUCUCAAUCUUGAAGGAAAUCAAAUAAAGGAUAUAGCACCAGGAGCAUUUGCAACAACACCAUUACUUCUACUGUGGUUAAGAAACAACUGUUUGGGAUCUAUAUCACCAAACCUGUUUCAAGGUACACCUUUUCUGCGACAAGUAUCCCUUGCUAACAACAACAUCAGGACAAUCGAGCCUUUAAGCUUCGCACACUUAGCUAAUUUGCAUACCUUGGAUUUGUCGCACAAUAAAAUACACAUUAUCGAACCAAGUGCUAUUAUUGGUUCUGAUUAUCUGAUGGUUCGACUACAAGAAAAUCCGAUGGUUUGUCUGCAAGACGGCUUUCACGUUAUGAAUGGAAAGGAGGCAAUAAAUCUUACAACGGAGCCCAAUUUAAUCUGUCAAACAAAUUACACGAAUAAUCUGGAGGAUAUAUGCCCCAAAAACAGCAAUGUGCCACAACCACCAUCAUGCUGCUUAAAAUCGACAUCAAAAGCUGAUAAAACAUUUUCAACGUUACCUUUGGAAAUAAGAACAACUCCAAUAUCAGCAACUGCAUCAACUCACGAAACUCCAAAUAUUCACCUGAAUAAUGUUCACAGCAAGAAAUUCAACACUGAAAGGUUUUUGCGUCUUUCACAACGACCUUCCGGAUAUCGAACAUCACCUUUUCUACGAUAUCGUUUACCAACACAUUCAAAACUUUCAGACACUUCUAUACUUGGUAAAAGUUCCAAUAGCAAAGCGAUCCAAGCUGAACGAUUUCCGCGAUUAGACAAACAUUUGGAGAAAAUUCGAGGUCAAUUACCACCUUACAUACGUAUCGAAUCGAAGGAUAAAGAGGAAUUCGUGGAAUUUGUGUCAGACAGUCAUGUUAAUUCAGUCCAAACACAGGAUAGUAAACAACAGUAA